CGCGCGCGCCCUGCUGAGCGUGGGCAAUGCGCCCACCCCGGUGCUCCCCUGAAUCCUGGGGGAAUUCUGUGGGGAAAUCCUUCAUCUUCCUGUGUGAAACAUCGUUAUAAAGCACCCACAGCUGCAGGAGGCUCAGUGAAUGGCAGGGCCAUUCACUGUUGCUGGGAGCUCUGGCUACUGAAACCACAACAGCGUCACUGGGAAACACAGCCUGGCCCUGGGCUCAGCAGCAGCUCCCAGCACUGCCUGCAGGAAGGCACCCGGACCACAGCCCAGCACAGGAGCACCAUGUUCGCCAAAGUGAGAUACGGAGCCAACUGCCAAGYGUUUGUGAACCUGAACUGCUAUGUCCUGAUGCUCACAACUCACCUGAAGAGCAAGUGCCAAUGCAAGCCUGAAGACUGCAUCGAUCUUGUGGACGAAAAGGGCACCCUGAUGAAUCUGAGCAAAGUGGAAAAUCCUGAAUCUGAACUCACCAGUAAAUACCUACAGGGAAGGCAGCACUACAUCCUCAUCAGAGUUGUUCGAAAAAAAGACUCUGAAGCCCCCUGCUAUGAAUCCUUGCUUAAGGACCUAGGGAAACACUACCCUGACCUACCAGGUCAGCUGCAGCAGCUCUCAGGAAAGACCCAGAGGGAAGUCCAGACAAGGAAGGGCUCCAUGCAGAGGAGGGCUCAGCCCAACACCAGCACCCAAGCCAGGAACAGGACCACCUCAAAUAGCAAGAGGAGCUUGCAACUCAAGAAGACCCCUAAAUGAAGAGCAGGCCCGUUACCGGUCUGCCACCACCAGGGCCCAACCACCUGCCCUGGUACUCCCAGCACAGCAAGAGUCCCCUGCUACUGACCCUCGCUUCCUGAGAUCCCCUGCUCUUCCCAGAGGUUCACACCACAUCCCAMGCUGCACCCUGACAAACCAGGCAAAGCCAUCACCACAGGCAGGCACAAGCAACAUCCUCCUGCUUCAAGAGGUCUCCCGUUCCCAUGCCAUGGCCUGCACUCCCCAGUGACRAGAACCUGCACCUCCUUUCAACCCAUGAGCAGCAGGAGCAUCAAGUCUAAGUGCAGUAGUCUAACACUUAUUUCUUAAAGGGAGUUAAAACAACUUUGGAGUGGUUCCUCCCUGCUCACACAGGACAUCUCAGCACAAGGAGCACUUGGGCUUUGAAUUGCUGGCACCUUUUUCCCUUGGCUGUCGGUCAGGAGAACACACAACACUCCUGCUAAGGCCAGGCACAGCUCAAUACAUCAUCUACCAAGAACUUAAGACUGUGACAUUUAGAAGGGGCAGAACUUGCAACACCAGCCUCCAGUAUCUGCUGCCAGCAUCUACCGUCUAGACUUGGAUUUCCUCACAGAUCCCAGCAAGGGGCUGAGAGCUUGUCCUUUAUUCAACAGUCAGAGACCAAAAGGUUAAAACACUUAUUCUGCCACGAAAAUGCAUCAGUUAAGCAUCUCAAAGUGUCCUGGUUUCACUGCUGAACCUAGAACACCAGCUGAAGCCUCAAAAUUCUCUUUUACACCAACAUGAAGAACAGGGUGUCCUGCUGAAGGCCAGUCUGUGCUGCCAGGCAGCACUCACGAGGCCAUCCUGCCAAGGUGACUGUGAGGGGAAAGCAGCUCCAAACUUCACCUGAUGCCAGUGACCUUGAGAACAUUGCAUAACCUGCUAAAGCUGUAAAGUCAGAUCAGCCAACCAUAUCCAAGUCCCACAGCCAGACAGUUCAUACUCUCUUAGCUCUGAGGUCAGGACAGGUAUGCAGGAAGAGAAUACCUACAGGAAAAGUAAUUUAUUACUGAAAAUACUAUAGGACACAUGUUGGAUUAGCUCUCUCCAGCCUCUCCUCUCCUGGAGGGCAGCCAAUGUCUGGAUCUGUCAAGUCAUGCAGGCACAGUCCUUGGUGGGCUGUACCUCCUGUUUGCAGGAAAUAUACAGCUGUGCCUUGUCCUUUAUGUGGCUGACAAUUC